AUGAUUCAUCCAAGGAAACCGUUUUUCGCCGUAUGUCUUCUCAUACUCGUUUCCUGUGCCAUCUACUUCGUGGCCUCGGGUGAUUCCACUUCUCUUGGGUCCUCGGGCCCAGUAAGCGCCAGAACCCCGGUGGUUGAAAAACUGGCUCCUCAGGAUGAUAUCAAGCUUAGUGAUGUUGAAAGCAAGAAGAUCGAAGAACAGUCUGGAGAAAGCAAGGCAUCUCAAAGCGUGGGCGAAUUCACCGACGAGCCAUUCAUGCCAAAGAUGGCCAACGAGACCUUGAAAGCCCAGCUUGGUAACUCAGCAUGGCACCUUCUACACACCGUUUUGGCCAGAUACCCAGAAAAGCCAAACGACCAACAAAAGACCACCUUGAGUCAAUAUGUUCAGCUUUUCGCCCAAGUAUACCCAUGUGGCGAUUGCGCUAGACAUUUCCAGAAGCUUUUAGCCAAGUACCCUCCUCAGGUGAGCAGCAGAAAGACAGCUGCUCUUUGGGGCUGUCAUAUCCACAACAAGGUGAACGAAAGAUUGCAGAAACCAAUGUAUGACUGUCUGAAUAUCUUGGAGGAUUAUGACUGUGGAUGCGGUUCUGACGAGAAGGAACAAGACUCCACUUUGGGAGGAGAGAGCAUCGAGCACCUUCAACAAAUACAGGUUGACGAGAAAGAAGGCAAGCAAAGGGGCGGAUGA